CAGAGGGCUCCGCUGUCGUCGGCUGGGCCCGCGGUGGGGGCGGCGGGCGGCCCCCGGCAGAGCGCGGCGGCGGGACAGGCCUGCGGCCGCGCGGCGCCGGCGGGAGACCCGCGCCCCGGGGGGGGCGGGCCCGGCGCGGCGCCCGCCCCGCCCCCGCCGCAGGGCUCGGCUGGGCUCGGCCGCGCUCGGCUGGGCUCGGCUCGGCUCGGCCCCGCCCCGCCCGCGCGGGCUGUCACUGCGGCGGAGUCGCGGCGGCGCCGCCAUCGCGGGCCGAUGCAGGCGAGCAAGUGUGUGGUGGUGGGCGACGGAGCUGUAGGGAAGACCUGCUUGCUGAUCAGUUACACCACAAAUGCCUUUCCUGGAGAAUACAUCCCCACCGUGUUUGAUAACUACUCUGCCAAUGUCAUGGUGGAUGGAAAGCCAGUGAACCUAGGCCUCUGGGAUACAGCAGGGCAGGAAGAUUAUGACCGACUGCGGCCUCUUUCCUAUCCACAGACGGAUGUUUUCUUGAUCUGCUUCUCCCUUGUGAGUCCAGCCUCCUUUGAGAAUGUCAGAGCCAAGUGGUACCCUGAGGUCCGACACCAUUGCCCAAAUACACCUAUCAUCCUGGUGGGCACCAAGCUGGACUUGAGGGAUGAUAAGGACACCAUUGAAAGGUUACGCGAUAAGAAACUGGCCCCCAUCACCUACCCCCAAGGUUUGGCCAUGGCUCGGGAGAUUGGGUCGGUAAAGUACCUCGAGUGCUCUGCCCUGACGCAGCGGGGCUUGAAGACGGUGUUUGAUGAAGCCAUCCGGGCUGUGCUCUGCCCACCGCCCGUGAAGAAGCCCGGCAAAAAGUGUACCGUGUUUUGAGGGCUGUGGCCUAGGUGCUGGCUCAGCAUGUUGUUGUCCUCUGACAGAUUGCAUAUUAGCUGGGUGUUUCUGGAGGGGGCUGGGAUGUGUAGGGCCCUUCAUCAUGUAUGAAGUCAGUGUUUUUUAAAUGUCUCUUUGAUUUAACGUCAGUGUUGAUGUGAAGGGGCAGUGGGGGCAGGAGACUAGCUGGGGGCUGUACAGCCCCCAGGGGAGGUACAAUGGGGAAGACAAGGUAGCUCCUUGGGGCAACAAGCUGUUUUGGCUCUCCUGAACUCCAAACUUAAAGGGCUGAGACAUCCAUCCUGUCCUGGAAACACCUGGUUUCAACUUGCAGGUGAAACAGGUGGUAAAGAUCCUUGUGGAGUGGGGAGGGAGCUGAUCCGAAAGGUGCUGAAUGACAAGAGUAGCUGGGAGAGUGGUCAGGUCUCCUUGCCCAGCCUACCGUGGCUAACAGUUAACAAAUUGGUGCUCUAGCAGAUACAUGCCUGAGACUGUUAAAGAAAUCAUAACCAGCCCUGGAAGGGGUGGAAGUAAAUGAGUUAUGAAGAUGAAGAACUAAUCAUUAGGUGCUUUAUUGGGUACUAGCCAAACUCAGUGAGUGAAACAGCUCUGUGCAAUCAAUGUAUUUGCCUUUUUGAGUGCGCACAGCCUAGGACAGCGUGGUGCUGCUCCUCCCCCCCAUCAGUCUUUAGCAGGGCCUCCCCCCCCUCCCCCCCAAAUCCAGUCUCUGCAGAGCAGGGCUGUGGUUGUUGCCUCUGUUUUGUUUUUUUCUACUAAAGACAGAAAAGGAAGCAAUGAGGAGUCUGCUAACUUCUUCUUUCCCUUCCCACUGAAAGUGCAGGUGGGCUUUAUGGAUUUGGGUGGAACAGGGAGAGCUUCUGAAGGGUUGUGGGGGGGGAAUAGGGUUGGAAGAAAGACAGGUCCAAUUUCUAAUCAUCAUGUAGAGUGACAAGAUAAAACCUUAUUUGGUGCAAUAAACAUUCUCCAUGACA